UCUCCUCUUUUGACCUUUCAGUGCCCUGUUCAAUUGAAAAGGGAGACCAGUACAGAAAGGCAUACUUGGCUUAGGACGAUUACAAUGGUUUCUGUGUCAACCAGUUAUUUUGCUUUUUAAAAACAAAACCUUAGAUAUAAAAGCAUCUGCCACCUGCAAGAAACCUUAAUUUAUUACAACCAUGCAUCAAAUUUAUGAUUAGCGAGGAAGAAAAGCUCUUCCAACCGAUUCCACUCUGGCUCCUCCUCUUCACCUAUAUAAUUUGUCGCUCGGUUCUGGGCAACACAGACCAAAGCGGUGGUGGAAGCAACUGUAGAAUCUGUAUUUCCCCCCCUCCUUUUACUUAAUAUCUGACAGUUUUCAAGGUGUGCUUUCAUACAGCAGAAUGGCUAAUCCCCAACAAUCGGAUGAGCUGAUUUUUUUUGUGAACGGAAGGAAGGUGAUAGAAAAAUCUGCUGAUCCUGAAGAACUGCUGCUUAAUUACCUGAGAAAGGGGCUCUGCCUCACAGGAACGAAGUAUGGCUGUGGAAUUGGAGGCUGCGGGGCUUGCACUGUGAUGAUAUCAACAUACAACCCAGACACCAAGAAGAUACGACAUUAUCCAGCCAACUCGUGCCUACUUCCAUUAUGCCUGUUGUAUGGCGCUGCAGUAACGACCGUGGAAGGAGUUGGAAGUACGAAAACCAAGCUCCAUCCCAUUCAGGAAAGGCUUGCAAAGUGCCACGGCUCCCAGUGUGGCUUCUGCACUCCUGGGAUGGUGAUGUCUAUGUAUUCGCUCUUAAGAAAUAACCCGGAACCUACCAUGGAUCAGAUAACUGCGUGCCUGGAUGGCAAUUUGUGCCGUUGCACAGGAUACAGACCUAUAGUUGACAGCUUCAGUGCUUUCUCUCCGGAAUCCUGCCCACUGGCAGGGAGUGGGAAAUGUUGCAUGGAUAAAGAAGGGAAAGAGAAAGAAGGGAAGGAGAAAGAAAGUAAAGAGGAACACUCGUGUUCCAGAGAAGGAAACCGGAUGUGCUCAGGUCUAUGCAAGCCUGAAAGAUUUCAUCCCAUUGACCCAACCCAGGAUUAUAUAUUUCCUCCUGAACUAAUGAGAUUGGCUGAAGAGAGCAAAGGAAAAACUCUGGUUUUCAAUGGAGAGAGAACCACCUGGAUUUCUCCCGUGUCUCUGCAAGAGCUUGUCAACCUGAAAGCCAACUACCCAGAUGCACCUCUUGUUGUAGGAAAUACAAGUGUAGGACUUGAUAUGAAACUUCUUUCUGUCUAUCAUCCCGUUCUCCUUCAUCCUACUAGGAUCCCAGAUCUGCAUGUUACUGAAGUUGGAGACAGUGGGAUCUUGAUCGGCGCAGCAAUCCAUCUUGCCCAACUGAGGGACUUCCUAUUAACCAUCAUCCCAGAACUCCCAAUGGAAAAGUCAAAGAUUUAUGGUGUGCUGCUGAAGCAACUGAGGACCCUUGCUGGAGAACAAAUUAGGAAUUUGGCGUCUUUAGGAGGACAUAUUGUGAGCAGAGGAUCGACCUGGGAUCUGAACCCUGUCCUGGCAGCUGGGAAUGCGCUUCUCAAUCUGGUAUCAAUAGAUGGAUCACGACAGAUUCCCUUGAAUGAUGAAUUCCUUGCGGGCUUGCCACAGGCAGACCUUUCACCAAGAGAGGUCAUAGUCUCUGUUUUUAUCCCUUUCUCCAAGGAAGAUGAAUUUGUGUCAGCAUUCCGGCAGGCUGAGCGCCGAAAAAAUGCAUUGUCUGUGACAAAUUCUUCAAUGAGAGUCCUUUUCCAGCCAGGCACUGGUGUCAUCAAGGACAUGGCUAUUUUAUAUGGUGGCAUUGGUCCUACCACAGUGAGCGCAAGAAAUACCUGUCAGAAGCUCAUUGGAAGCAACUGGGACGAAGAGAUGCUGAAUGAAGCUUGCAGGCUAAUUCUUGAAGAAAUUAUCCUCUCUCCUUCAGCCCCGGGUGCAAAAGUGGAAUACAGGCGGACUCUGCUUGUCAGCUUCUUCUUCAGAUUUUAUCUGCAAGUGCUACAAGGUUUAAAGAACAUGAAUCCAUCUAAGUAUCCUGACUUGCCAAAGAAAUACGCCAGUGCUUUAGGCGAGUUCCGUGAGAAACCACCUCAGGGUAUGCAAAUAUACCAGGAUGUAGACCCUCAUCAGCCUCCUCAGGACCCAGUGGGGCGUCCCAUCAUGCACCAGUCUGGUAUUAAACAUGCCACCGGUGAAGCAGACUAUGUCGACGACAUGCCUCCAGAGGAAGGGCAGCUCUACAUGGCUGUGGUCACCAGCACAUACGCCCACGCAAAGAUUCUAUCCAUUGAUGUGUCAGAGGCCUUAGAAGAACCAGGGGUGGUUGCCGUGGUAACAGCAGCUGAUAUUCCAGGGCAUAAUGGUGAUGGAAAAGAGGAAGUUUUUGCUAGCGAAGAGGUACUAUAUAUCGGCCACAUUAUCUGCGGUGUGGUUGCAGAAUCCUACGAGUGUGCAAAGCAAGCCAGAAGAAAAGUGAAGAUAGAGUACCAAGAACUGGAACUGAUCCUGACCAUUGAGGAAGCAGUUAAGCAUAAGUCAUUCUUGACAGAAGAAAAGAAAAUAGAAAGGGGAAACGUUACAGAAUCAUUUAAGAAUGUUGAGAACAUCAUUGAAGGCGAAAUCCAUGUCGGAGGGCAAGAGCAUUUUUACCUGGAAACAGACAGUGUGUUUGUCGUUCCAAGAAAAGAGGAUAAGGAAAUGGAUAUAUAUACGUCUACCCAAUAUGGUUCGAAAGUCCAGCAAACAGUGGCUUCAGCAUUAAAUGUUCAAGCCAAUAGGAUCAUGACCCACACAAGGCGAGUUGGCGGAGCUUUUGGGGGAAAGAGUACAAAACCUUCAUUUUUUGCCGCAGCUGCAGCAGUUGCUGCACACAAAACUGGCCGCCCGGUCCGUUUUAUCAUGGAGCGAGAUGAUGACAUGCUAAUACCUGGAGGUCGACAUCCUCUUUGGGGGCAAUAUAAAGUGGGAUUCACGAAUGAUGGCAAAAUCAAAGCUGUUGAUCUUUUGUUCUACGUAAAUGGCGGGUGUACACCUGAUGAAUCAGAACUGGUAAUAGACUACGUUGUGCUAAAGAGUUGCAACGCAUAUGAUAUCCCCAACUUCCGAAGCCGUGGAUGGGCCUGUAAGACUAACUUGCCGUCGAACACUGCCUUUCGAGGAUUUGGAUUCCCACAGACAGCCCUUACUGCAGAAACAUGGGUGGCAGCUGUGGCAGAUCAUCUUGGCUUGCCACAUGACCAGGUCCGGUGGAUGAACAUGUACAAAGGAGUAUCCGAGACUCCCUACAAAGAAGAGGUUGAUGCUACAAAUCUUGUCGCAUGUUGGAAAGAGUGCCUGGAGAAGUCUGAUUACUACAACAGGAGAAAAGCAGCAGAAGAAUUUAACAAGCAAAACUACUGGAAGAAGAAAGGGAUUGAGAUAAUUCCUAUGCUGUUUUCGGUUGGAUUUAAUACCACAUAUUACCACCAGGCUAUAGCUCUGGUCCACAUCUAUCUGGAUGGGUCUGUGCUGGUGUCCCAUGGUGGAGUAGAAAUGGGACAAGGAUUAUACACCAAGAUGUUACAGGUUGCCAGCCACGAAUUGAAGAUACCAUUGUCUUACGUACAUCCUUAUGAAACAACUUCAGUAACAAUACCUAAUGCGGUGGUCACCGCAGGAUCAAUUGGCACUGAGGUCAAUGGGAAAGCAGUCCAGAAUGCCUGCCAAAUUCUCCGGAAGCGGCUAGAACCAAUAAUGAAGAAAAACCCUCAGGGGAAAUGGGAAGAUUGGAUUACGGAAGCUUAUGAGGAAAGCAUCAACCUCUCAGCUACAGGCUACUUCAAAGGAUAUGUCACCAAUAUGGACUGGAAGACAGGAGAAGGCCACGCAUUUCCAUAUUACGUUUUUGGUACUUCUUGUUCAGAGGUUGAGAUUGACUGCCUGACAGGUGAUCAUAAGAACAUCCGAACAGACAUUGUCAUGGAUGCCUGCUUCAGCAUCAAUCCAGCUGUUGACAUAGGACAGAUUGAAGGCGGCUUUAUGCAGGGACUUGGACUUUAUACGAUGGAAGAAAUAUAUUUCUCCCCAGAAGGACAGCAGUACACGCUGGGUCCAGACACAUAUAAAAUUCCUGCUGUCUGUGAUGUCCCAGAACAGUUUAGAAUCUACCUCUUGCCAAACUCAAGAAACCCAAUUGCAAUCUACUCCUCCAAGGGUGUAGGUGAAGCUGGAGUAUUCCAAGCAUGCUCUGUGUUUUUUGCUAUACGGGAUGCAGUGGCUGCCGCCCGGAAGGAAAGAGGAUUGCACCGUGUUUUCACAAUGGACAGUCCACUGAACAUAGAAAGGAUUCGCAUGGCCUGUGUUGAUGACUUUACAGAGAUGAUUCCAAAGGACAAGCCUGGGACCUAUAAACCAUGGGCUAUUGAAGUAGACUAACGUCCUGGUUUUCCGCCAAAGUUUUUUGCUUUUGUAUGUUCUUCCUCAGUUGCAGUUGCAGUCUAAUCACACACAAGAAGGACAAUGAUAUUAAUUUCAGCUGUGCAAGAUUUUUAAAAAUUACCAAUGUACGAAAACAAAUCUGUGAAUUUCAGCAGGCGUAUAAUCAAGCAUAGACGUCAUAUAAGGGAUAAGAAAAUUUAAUUCCAAACUGUGAGAAUUAGCAACCGUAUAUCUACAUCUGUGAUUUGUGUUCAUAUUGUAUUGUAAUGGCCAUUGACAUCUACAUCUCUAACUGUAGGCAUAUAAAAUGCUGUAAUUAGGUGGCUGCCUACCAGGCACACAGAUACACCUCAGCUUUUAUUCAGAGGAGUUAGAGAGGGGUGAGAUUUGGUUUGGGCUUUGAGGAUCAUGUGGGUGUAGGGAGAAUCAUUUAGUAAAUGUUAGG